CUACGGUUUUGUAGCCAAUCGGUUUGAAUAACGAAGAAAUGGAUAUUGACAAGCAGAUUAUUGAUGAAUUUGAGGAGAAGGUUGUAAACCACCCAGAAGGAUUUGUAAAAGGGGAUGAGGAGGUCCAAAAGACAAUUAAGGCCGUCAUGAAAGUGUUGUUUGAUUUAGCCAAGAAACUGGAAAUGAACCAGUUCGGAGAGCUUCCAGAGUUGUAUGUGGAUGGAUUCGAUGGGGAAGGAAUAUGGGAGCAAAUUAGAAUGAGGCAAGAGCCAUUAAUGAAUGCUUACAAGAAGAUGGUGGAGAGUUUAGAAACUGUGGAAUUAGAUACAAGUAGUGGUGAAGAAGAAGAAGAAGAAGAAGAAGAAGGGAAAGAAGAAGGGGAGAUGGAAGAAGAGGAAGGAGAAGGUGAUAUGGAGGAGGAAACGGAAGAAAGCAAGGAAGAAGAAGAAGAAGAAGAAGAAGAAGAAGAAGAAGAUAUUGAUACUGAAAAGGAAGGAGAAGAGGAAGAAGAUGAUGGUGAUGGUGAUGAGGAAGUUGAUUCUCAUAUGGAAGAAAGCGAUGUGGAACAACCUCUAGACGACAAAACUCUGUGGGAGCAAAUGCAAAAGUUUGGCGACUUUGAAGAGGAAAUGCUCGAGAAAGAGAGGGAAGGCGGCAAUGAAGAAGAAGAAGACGAGGACGAGGACGGCAUCGAUAUGAUGGCUCCUCUCAUGAUCGUGUUCUCUCCCCUCCAUCGUAGAUCCCUCAAAAAGCAAAUCGCCGAGAUGGAAUCCACGCUCGUCCAGCCGCGCAGCUGGGAGCUCCAAGGCGAAACCACCGCCUCCUCCCGCAAAGAAAACGAACUCCUCGAAGUCGACCUGGACGUCGACCGCGUGGGCGUUUCAGCCCCCGUUUCUACGGUUGAGAGCACGCUCUCGCUGGAAGAGCUCAUCAAAAAACGAAUCCUCGACCAGGCCUUCGACGAUCCCGUUCGCAAAGCCGCGCCUCGCGAAACCGCCGCGAAGCCGCUUGCGGAAGUGUCGACGGAGAAGAGCGAGAAAGGCCUGGCGGAGAUCUACGAGGACGAGUUCAUGAAGCAGAUGCACAACGUGGACAAGAAGAAAGACGAGCUGGACGCCAAGAAACGCGAGCUGGACGUGCUGUUCCGUCGCAUCUGCGUGGCGCUGGAUCGUCUCUGCAACGCUGAUUUCACGCCCGCAGCGGCCGUCAAGACGCUCAGCGUGACGAGCUCCGCUCCCGCACUGGCGAUGGAGGAGGCGCUGCCGAUGAGCGUGAGCAGCGAGUCGCAGAAGGCCCCCGAGGAGAUCUACAGCAGCGAUGUGCGCGUGCUGAAGGGGAGCAGCGAGAAGGCGAAGGAGGAGAGAGAGCGAGAGAGACGCGUAGGAGAGACGAGAAGAAUGCAUGGUAGACGAAGAAGGCGCAGAAGAGAGCGAGGAAGGCGCAGGAGGAGAACGAACUGCGCGAACGCGCGGCGUACGAUGAGAAGGCGAAGCGAAUUUUGGAGAAUCGCAAGGUUCAGCAGUCGCUGGAGGUAG